AUGAUCAAAAGGAAAGCUUUGAUUAAGGACUUCGCUGCAGCUUACCAAACCGAGUGUCUUUCUUAUUGCCGAGAUCUUCUGGAGCUCCAAAAGAGAAGGGACGAGCCGUUUGUGGACACACAAGAUCUGAGAAAAGAAACGUUGAGGUCUUCUUCCAAACGAGCUAAUUAA